UUGAUUAGAUUACCGGUCGCCCAUUUACUAGGUUAGGUUAACAAACGCCACCGAGCGCCGGUGGCUUCCGUAUCCUGCGAAGUGUGAGAGACGUAAAGUCCAGAGUGCAAAUCGUGGCCACACGCGAAAAUGAGCCCCAUCGCCGGCGAAGCAUCGUUUCCAGCGUUUAUGGGCCACACGGACACAGCGCACCAGGAGUGAACCCGUAAAGUGUUAGUGUUUAAUUAAACUCAACAUCGUCCGGUGCGACAGGCAACCAAAACCAGGGAUAUCCCUGAGCCGGUAGUUGGGAAUCGAUCGAAACUCCUGCGAAGGACGCGGCAGGACGCCGUAAUCUAGUCGUCAACAUGGGUGCGCCACCUGCCAAGAAGCCGCUGGUCAACAGGAACCUAAUAUCUUUGAAGAUUGUCCUCUUUCUCUUCUACGGAGCCUUGGGAUGUCUGCAUCCGUAUCUGCAGAAGCACAUGACCCUGACCGGGUUGAACUACUACGAAUCGCACCUGGUGACACUGAUUGCGCCACUGGUGGCGAUCCUGGGACCGCUGAUUAUCGCCCCGCUCGUCGAUCGACUCGCCGGCCGCUCGGGGUCCUCGUUCGGCAAGCGAUUGCGUCUGCUGGCCUCACUCUGUAUGAUCCUCUCGGUGGUCCUCUACUCGGUGCUGUUUUUCGUCGUGCCGCGCGUCGAACGGGAAGAGUCCAGCCGGUCGAUGGUGAGCUUCGCCUGUGACUACGAUGGUGCCAUCAUCUUCCAGCAGCGCUGCAGCGAGGAGCGAACCUGCUACCAGUGGAAACGAGAAAAGAUUGGCCACCUGACGCUCACGAACUGCUCGUACACCUGCCAGAAGCCGGUCGAGUUCGAGAACCUGAACCACCCGUACACGAAGGGUCUGGUGCUGCCUUCGUCCACCGAGAGCUCGGUCGAGGACGAGGACUACGAUCUGAGCGAUGAGCCACUGCCGGCACCGGAAAACUUCAAACUGCAGCCACGGGUCGAGGUGGACAACACCCCAAUCCCGGUGCCACACAUUUGCGAGCACAAGGGGGACCGCGAACGGGAACUCUGCCAUGCGUACACCUCGGCCGCGACCUCCCUCAAGCUGGCCACGGUUCUGCGGAGCGCGGUGAACGAGGAGAACGAGACGCACAGUGCCGAGUGGUGCCGCUACCCGCUCGACGGGUUCUCCUGCGAGAUCCCCGAGAAGCAGAUCACCUGGAUGAAGCUCCUGACGAACUCGUCGAACUGUACGCCUAAAGUGGAGUGCGAAGUGAGCGAUCCGUACGACGAUGAAGAGAGCGUCCUGUCCGAGAGUGUUUGCAUGAAAAUUGUCGGUGACCCGGAGUUGACGUUCUGGUCGUACCUGGUGCUCCGGUCGCUGGGCGAUGCGUUCCUGUUGGCCGUCAUUGUGCUGCUGAAUGCGGCCACCAUCAUCGCGACCCGGGAAACUUCCAGUGGACGGGGAGACUUUGGUCGGCAGAUUGUGUGGGGUGCGAUCGGGUGGGCCAUCUCGUACUUUGCCCUCGGCUGGUUCCUCGAAACGUACUACGGGUACGUGGGGCUGGCCCUGCUGGCCGCCCUCGUGCUGCUGGUGUCUUCCGGUAUGCCACUGACCCCGCCGGAGAUGUGGUGGCACACAAAGUGCGGUAUGGUGGCCAUCCCCAUGUCAGCCAUCCGUCGGUACGGACCCGAAACGGCCGGACUCUGUCUGGUGACGCUCAUCCUCGGAACCUUCUGGGCCGUGCUGGACAACUACGAAGGGGUGCUGGUCAAGACGUACGAUAUUCACCCGCUGGCCGAGGACUACUACGGGGAGGUGUGGAGCGCGUUCAUCGUCCUCGGGGCCCUGCUAAUGAUCCCGGCCCUGUGGUACGCGGAGAAGAUUGUGGAUUUUUGCGGUCACUCGAACAUACUGAUCUCCGCCAUCACGACGUUCAUCCUGCGCUUUUCGCUGCUCGCCUCCACCGACGUCACCUGGUGGCGCGUGGUGAUCGACUUCCUCUACCCGGUGACGCUCGGGCUCACCUGGCUCACGAUCGUGUUCUACAUGCGGCACAUCAUUCCGCGCCGGGUCAUCACCACCGGCCAGGCACUCCCAGUGAUCUUCCACUUCUGCUUGGGCCGCUUCCUCGGGGCACUGAUCGGAAUGUGGACCAACAUCGAGCACCUGAUCGUAACCUUCCAGGCGUUGGCCAUCACCGCGUGCGUCAUUUCGGUCAUCUACUUCCUGCUCUACCACCUCGUCCUAGCGCCACGCUGUGCCGCUCGGCUGCACCACGAACCGUCCGCCACCGCGCUCCACAUCACUGGCCCGGAGGGAAACGCCAACGGACAGCAGCAGCAGCAGCAGGGACCGGCACAAGGACAGCAGCAGCCAGUGCAGACGAACGGAAGCUACCAGCCGCUGCGAAUCUAUCACAACUAUCGCGGGCGCAAGGGACACUUCCGUUACUAAACGGCCAACGGCCGGGGGCGCAACUGUUCCCUCCCCUCUCUCUCGCUCUGCGAUUCCUUCCUAGUCCAGUGUCCGUUCAGUGCAGGCAGGCUGACGGACCUCCUAGCGCACCUUCGUUCGAUCGACACUCUCGAUUGUGAAACCAAACGUCCUUAUUGAAAGUCCGCGGAGAGCGAUCAUUCUGCACAACCCGUCCCCUCCCCAUUCGACUAACGACUAACAACGACAGUAUCGAUUGUUUUCUGUUUUCCUUCGCCGAUUCAAAUGAACGCAUCCAACAGACUUACUAUUUAUUGGACCGCCGGAUCCCGAAACGCAAGUCCUGUUGGAUUCUAGGUUAGUGUAGUUAAAAUACGAACCCUCCAGUCCCUUUUCCCUCUCUCGACAAGCAUCGUAUCCUGCGGUACACCACCGGCAGUGUUUUACGAUGGCGGUGUCUAUGGUUAAGUAAUCUAAAUUCACUAUUUCGACGACGCUAAAUCUAGCGAUCCUUUGAGGGGUCCCCUUAACUAACGAGAGAAACGAAACGUUUACGACCAUUAAAUGGAAAGCGAUCCAAUAAGCCAGCAAAGCCCAAUCAAAACCACAGCUCCCGGUACAUGUUACAUGCCUGAAUCUCUCUCUCUCUCUCUUAGUGAUAGAACGACGGACAGAUGAUACCAACGGCACGCGUGCCUUCUCUAUUUACUCUCGUCUGCAAUCCGUGAACACAAAAGUAACAAUAUUAACCUACUGUACUCUACUCGCACCCAAACUCAGAGCUCCACCGCGAUUGUGCAAAAACUCGCCUUAACCACACGGACCCCACACACGGUGCUAAUGGGAUGUCCGCUGUCCGCAAAUGUCUUUAGCCGUAAGUGCAGCAGAAGCGCCUUGAGCAGGAGAACGAAUUGUUAACCUGAGGCAAGCGAGUCUAUUACUCCUGUCGCCGUCGCCGCCGCCGCCGAACCAGCAGCCGCAGCACGCAAGUGACCGCCCGCGCCCUGGGCUGGUUUGUGUUCUUUCUUUUUGCAGCUAUUAAUGUUGACACUACAUAUAUAUAUAGAGAGAGCGACACAACAUAGUUCAUAUUUGUAAAUAAAUUUAAGCAAUACCGAAAAAGCGGAAGAACUUUUGGGGCCAGUUUGCC